GAGCGUCUGCCUCCCACCCUCCCACUUUUUCUGAGGUGGCGGUCUGUCGAUUUGAGUCGGUCAUAGAAGACUGUGGCGCGUUGUGUAAGCUUGAAUAUUGCUCUUGUAAAGUUUGCCAAGGAUUUUUCAUCCACAUCUUCCCAGAAGCAGUACAACACGAGAGUCAGACCAAACCCUCUGCUCAAUGCCUUGAGUACGCGCUCAGUGCUUUGCAGUGUUGUAGCGAGAGAACUCCACGCCGACAGCCAUUCUUCGAUUAUCUCUCUCUGUGUACAGUGUGUUGUGUGUCUCACUCAUCUAUAAAACGUUGUGUGCGUCUUGUUCUUCUUCCGCGUGGUGUUUCAGCCAUUAAAGACAUUCAAGUGUUUGUCGAGGCGGGAUUUGAACUUUUAGACGAAUAAACAAAUUUUGAAAAAUUUCGCUGCGUCUGGCCGGCUCGUCUUUCGGGGUAGGUGCUGCUGCUGCUGCUCCUGUCGACAUGGACAAGCGCAAGCUGAUGCCCAAACGGCAGCGGCUGGAUGGUGCCGUCAGGACAGGACCACUUAACGGACCCCUUCAUAGCCGGCCGUUGGUGGCGCUACUGGAUGGCCGGGAUUGUUCCAUCGAGAUGCCAAUACUCAAAGAUGUUGCUACAGUGGCCUUUUGUGACGCCCAAAGUACUUCCGAAAUCCAUGAAAAGGUUUUGAAUGAAGCUGUUGGAGCUCUUAUGUGGCACACCAUCACGUUGACCAAAGAAGAUCUGGAGAAGUUCAAGGCGCUACGAAUAAUUGUUCGUAUUGGCAGUGGUGUUGAUAAUAUCGAUGUUAAAGCUGCCGGCGAAUUGGGAAUUGCUGUUUGUAACGUGCCCGGUUAUGGUGUGGAAGAAGUGGCCGAUUCAACGCUAUGUUUGAUCCUGAAUCUCUAUCGACGUACCUACUGGCUAGCUAAUAUGGUUCGUGAAGGCAAGAAAUUUACUGGACCCGAACAGGUGCGCGAAGCUGCUCAAGGAUGCGCCAGAAUCAGAGGCGAUACACUCGGCAUCGUCGGAUUAGGUCGGAUCGGAUCAGCUGUAGCCUUGCGGGCUAAAGCCUUUGGUUUCAACGUCAUCUUUUAUGACCCUUAUCUUCCUGACGGUAUCGAACGCUCUUUGGGACUGACCCGGGUCUACACCCUACAGGAUUUGCUUUUCCAAUCAGAUUGUGUGUCUCUCCAUUGCACCCUGAAUGAGCACAACCACCAUUUGAUCAAUGAAUACACCAUCAAACAGAUGAGACCAGGCGCCUUUUUAGUCAACACGGCUCGAGGUGGCCUCGUUGACGAAUCGGCUUUAGCUCAGGCUCUUAAAGACGGACGCAUUCGAGCGGCCGCUCUCGAUGUUCACGAAAAUGAACCCUACAACGUGUUCCAAGGUCCUUUGAAAGAAGUUCCCAAUUUGAUUUGCACUCCACACGCCGCUUUCUACUCGGACGUGGCCUCGACCGAACUCCGGGAAAUGGCAGCAGGGGAAAUCCGCCGGGCUAUCGUUGGUCGCAUCCCCGAUUCUUUGCGUAACUGCGUCAACAAGGAAUAUUUCCUCGGAUCAGGACCCGCAUCAUCUGCCUAUGAAUCUUCGGGUGCUCCUGGGAGCGGACCCGGAGGUCUUCCCUCUCUUCCGGCUGGAUUGAAUGGUGGUUAUUAUGGUGCCCUUCCAGGCGUACCUGUUCAACCGGCCCAUAGUUCCGCUCCGGUUGGUCUGCUUGGUCCUGGUGGACCCAUGAGCAGUUUAGUUGGCGCUCCGGAUGUAGGUGGGCCUGGUGGCUUAAACGAUCGUGAUCGAGAGAGGGGGCCAAGUGUGGCUCACGACGCAUCCACUCACCGCAUGGAUUCAGCGUCAUCAGCCAAUUCAGCCACGGCUCUUCAGCAUCCGGAUCGGAUCAAAUCUCCGCCUUCGUGAAGGUCCCUUGUUCCCUUGAUCCCUCCACUUUUACUCAAUGGACGCCAAGUACAAAAUUUAAAAAGAGACUCUGAGGAGAGCCUGUGAAUUACUAUAUCGUGGCCGUCAUUAAUCCAAAAACAGAAAAAGUUUAAAACAAUGUGUGUCAGUGGAGAAUUGGUCAUCGUCGUUCCGGGGGGCAACACAUCAGCCACUUGUGUUAAAUAGACGAUGACGAAUCUCCCGCCACCUUUCGUCUACGCCAUUGACAGAAUUUCUUCCAUUGGGAUACUUAGUGCAACUGUUUGUUUGUUUUUUUCCUCGCCGCACUCCAUCAUGUAGCCUCUCGAUAAAAGUGACGAUGGUCACCACAUCACGGCCAUUUUAAGUGUAUCGACCACUGUGUUAAUUUUUUUCCUUCAAGUCCUUUUGCUGAUCGUCCUCCAAACACAGACAACAUCGUAUCUUUAACUGUGUACAAUUUAACACGUUUCCCCAUCCCGUUCGCAUCAUGUUUUCUUUUUUGCCAUCCUUUCUUUCUCCCAUCCCCCCUCCCGUGUUGAUGUGACCACGCGGAUGUCCUAGGUUAAAAAUAUGGGUACUGCGCGUCCGUCUGGCUAUUAUACUCCUCAAUCAGGAUUUACACGGAUUACAAAGAAACGAAAAAAUACAUGAACCAUUUGUACAUGGAUUACCUCUUA